AAAAAACGCGGGCUAAAUCGUGUGUGAAAUCCGGCCUUUUGGAUUAGAUUUAGUUUAUUUGCUCCUGCGAGCUUCUGCAAUGUAAGAAUCGCCCAAAUUCGUAACCCAAUCUCUGCUCUCUUUUAUUUCACUGCCUCUCGAAGAGCCUUAUUUUCACCAGCAUCUUAUUUCCAUCUCCUAGGGUUCUAAAAAAAUCCAAACUUUGCUUUGUCCAGCUCCCAUUUUCAGCCCCAUUUCAAUUCUAGGGUUUUAUCACUGUUUAAAUUGUCGGAACACUGUGAUACUUUCAGCUCCUAUGGCAGACUCGGAUGGGAAGCCACAGCCUGAAGUCUGCAGUUUCUUCCGAAAGCCGUCGAAGAACAAAAACAUCAGAAAACGAACGGUUGAGGAAGAAGACGACGAAGAAUCGAAAACCGAGAGCACAUUCUUACACAGUCAAAGAAAAGCCCCAAAGCCCGACAGUAAACUUUAUUUUUCUUCAGGACCCUCUAAAGCCUCUAAACCAACCGAAUCAAAUGCCGCAUCCGAUACACCAAUCUUCAAGUUCGAGUCUUCGAAGGAAAUCCAAGUUCAACACGAUAGCAGAGCAACAGCAACCCUUGAGACCGAGACUGAAUUCUCCAAGGAUGCACGGGCAAUCCGCGAGAGAGUGCUUAGGCAAGCAGAGGAUGGCCUCAAAGGAAAAGGGAAAGGCACUGGGGAUGAAAAGGUUUAUAAAGGAAUCCAUGGAUAUACCGAUUACAAAGCUGGGUUCCGAAGAGAGCAUACGGUUGCAAGUGAGAAAGCUGGAGGGGCUCAUGGGCCUCUCAGAGCUUCUGCCCACAUAAGAGCUUCAUCGAGAUUUGAUUAUCAGCCAGACAUAUGUAAGGAUUACAAAGAGACUGGUUAUUGUGGUUACGGAGACUCCUGCAAGUUUAUGCAUGAUCGUGGUGAUUAUAAGGCCGGUUGGCAAUUGGAAAAGGAGUGGGAGGAAAAAGAGAAAGCAAGGAGGAGAAAUUCAGCUUUGGGAGGGGACGAUUCCGAUGAAGCUGCUGCAGAGCAGAGUGAUGAUGAUGAUGAUGAUGAAUUGCCUUUUGCAUGUUUUAUUUGUAGAGAGCCUUUUGUGGAUCCUGUUGUAACCAAGUGCAAGCACUACUUCUGCGAGCAUUGCGCGCUAAAGCAUCAUUCCAAGAACAAGAAGUGCUAUGUGUGCAACCAGCCUACACUCGGUAUAUUCAAUACAGCUCAUGAGAUACGCAAAAAGAUGGCUGCGGAGGGGAGAUAAUGGUGGCUCAAUAUUAGUCGGUAUAGGAAAACCAGUCGCUGUUCAACUCGAUUUCCAAUUGCCGAGAUCUCAUUUUUGCAGCUGGCGGGUUUAGUCUCUUUGCAUUGAGCUUAAAUUCGGGAGUUACAUUUUUUUUUCUUUUUUUUUAACUUUUCUUUGUUAGAAUUCAAACGCUGUUAUUCGAGGAUGUGAUUGGAUUGCUGGGCCCGGUAUGAUCUGUGUAGUUUAUUUCUUCGGCCUUUGGUCCUCUCCAUUCUACCCAAAAGAAUAAAAAUUUCUUUACUCUGUA